AUGUCGCAAUUCAGAGCAAAGAGACUAGAUCUCGGCGGUUUUAUCAACGCCCGUGUGGUCCGCGACCACACCAAGCGCAAGGUGUACGAGCAGUACGAGCCCGAGCGUCAAGCUCUCCGCUACAUCAUUCGCAACACUACCCUUCCCCAGCGUGCCCGUGCCCAGGCUCAGCUCCAGCUUUCCCAGAUGCACGCCUACACGCGGCCGACGCAGAUCAAGAACCGAUGUGUAGCAGGUGGAAUUGCUAGGAGUGUCAUCCGGGACUUUAGAAUUGCUAGAUACCAAUUCCGUCAACAAGCACUGGCCGGUGAGCUUCCGGGUGUCAAGAAGGCGAGUUGGUAA